GGGAGGAAAAUGAUGGAGUCUUGAUGCGUUGAGUCUGUGAGCGAAGGCGAAAACAAGCGCUGGAAUUUCCUUCUCUUGACCGGACAAACUUCCACUGCUUCUCACCCUCAAACUCCUCAGCUUGACCGGUACCGGAUAUUGUCCUCCACGCGGACGAAUAUACAGGGGGAUUGUGUUUUCGCUGCCUCUGUUUGCCCUAGGAAAGCCCGUCUGCUGGCUAAGCUUAGCUGAGGCUGCUAGCGGAGCUCUAUGGGAAUCUCCAGCUAGUGCGGCUUUUUAGCUCGCUAGCGGGCUGAAUGCAGCCGUCGUUCAGCCGCCACUGCUGCAUUAUUCACGCGGUUUAUUGACAACUGGAAACGAGGAGUACUUGAUUAUCAUGCCGAGCUCGAGUUUAUUUUGAAGGAGUUAUGGGAUAUGAGCUCUCUUGGAGCUGUCAGUCAUCCCGGUGGAUUUAACAUGUCAUUUCAUCAUGCUGACCUGCGCUCAUCCACACUGAUGUUUUGAUGUUAAGGAAUCUACGUAUUUUUUCUUUUGUUUAUACCUCAUACAUCAAUUACUGCACAAAAGCCGAUUUUGGACGGAUACUUUUGAGAACUUUUCCAAGGAAAGGAUUUGUGAGGGGGCGGCGUCAGAACAGGGCAGUAUUUUAUGCAAACUGUCAGCUCUAUAAAGAAAGAAAAAAAAACAUCCCAUGGCUUCGGUGUGGAAAAGACUGCAGCGUGUUGGGAAACAUGCUUCCAAAUUCCAAUUCGUGGCCUCCUACCAGGAACUCAUGGUGGAAUGCACUAAGAAAUGGCAACCGGACAAACUAGUUGUCGUCUGGACACGCAGGAGUCGAAGGAAAUCUUCCAAGUCUCAUAGCUGGCAGCCUGGCAUCAAGAAUCCCUACAGAGGAGUGGUGGUAUGGCCUGUGCCAGAGAACAUCGAGAUUACCGUUACACUCUUUAAGGAUCCGCAUGCUGAAGAGUUUGAAGAUAAAGAGUGGAUCUUUGUCAUCGAGAAUGAAUCUCCUUCGGGCCGUCGGAAAGCGCUGGCCACCAGCUGCAUUAAUAUGAAGCAGUAUGCCAGUGCCAUGCCAACACAGACAGACGUCAAGCUCAAGUUCAAGCCACUGUCCAAGAAAGUGGUUUCUGCAACGCUGCAGUUCUCCCUGUCCUGCAUCUUCCUGCGAGAGGGCAAAGCCACUGAUGAAGACAUGCAGAGUCUGGCUAGUCUGAUGAGUAUGAAGCAGGCUGAUAUCGGCAACCUGGAUGAUUUUGAAGAGGAGAAUGAAGAAGAUGAGGAGAACAGAGUGAAUCAAGAGGAGAAGGCCGCCAAGAUCACGGAGCUGAUCAGUAAGUUAAACUUCCUGGAUCAGGAGGACCAAGACCAGGGCAACAUGAGCUCUAACCCCUUCGAUGAACCUAAUGACCUGGUUGACCUUAACCCUUUCGGUGACCCAGAUGAGGAUGAACCAUCCCCUGAGCCUCAUGUGUGGUCCACUUUCAAAGAUCAGGACCCUAUAUAUGAUCAGGAAACCUCCCAUCCCUCGAACCCUUUUGAUGAGCCCGAGCCAGACCCGGAUCCUCCGCAAUACGGGAACCCAUUUGACGACGCCGAACCUGAGCCCCAGCCCAAAACAUCACCACCGAGAAGCAUUAAGAGGAAGAAUGUUCGGCCGGUGGAUAUGAGCAAAUACCUGUACGCCGACACCGCCAAGACUGAGGAGGAUGAGCUAGAGGAAUCAAACCCGUUCUAUGAGCCCAAAUCCUCUGGUCCAGCCACAUCCAUCAUAGAAAGCGACUUUUCAGAGAAGAGCACCAAACGACGGGCCCCUUCGCCUCCUAGUGCUGGCCCCAACCCUGCCAUGGCCCCUGGAGUCCCAGCACCAAAGACUUCAGCACUUGAGACAACAGCCACUCCCCCUGCCCAGGCACCAUCAGCUGUCACAGCUGUGAUGGUGAGAGAGCUGGCCUCUUCCUCACCUAAGCCCAGUCCAUUUCCUAGUCCUAUCCUUGGGGGGAGGCAGAAUGCGAGUCAGUCCCUGUUGGCCUGGUGCCGUGAGGUCACAAAAAACUACAGAGGAGUCAAAAUCACCAACUUCACCACUUCCUGGAGGAACGGACUGGCAUUCUGCGCCCUGUUACACAACUUCAGACCUAACCUCAUUGACUACAAGGCUCUCAAUCCUCAAGAUAUUAAAGAAAACAACAAAAAGGCAUAUGAUGGCUUUGCCAGUCUGGGCAUCUCCCGUCUUCUGGAGCCAUCUGACAUGGUUCUUCUGGCCAUCCCGGAUAAGUUGACAGUGAUGACGUACCUGUAUCAGAUCCGGGCACAUUUCAGUGGUGAGGAACUCAACGUAGUGCAGAUUGAAGCCAACAGCAGCCGUAGCACAUACAAAGUUGGAGACUUUGAGACUGACACGAACAGUUCCAUUGACCAGGAUAAGUUCUACGCUGAGCUUAAUGACAUUAAUUGCGAGUCCUCCAAACAGCUGGAUUUUGUAGCAACCAAUGGUGGGCAUGUUGAGACAGCAGAGCAGGAAGUGCAGUCAGUUAGGUCAGGUGGGGGAUCUAGUUCUCCAUCGGCCUCCUCAGGAGAAGUUCUAAAAGUAACUCCAUCUUUACGGGCAUCUACGGUUGUUGCAGGGGAUCAUGUCUCUCCAGCAACUCUGUUGGUCAAAGAACCUCACCCACAACCAGCCCAGUGUACCAGAACCGGCCUGGACACAUCUCCCACCCAACCCCUCGCUACAGAACAGAGAAAACUUCUCAAAGCUGAUACACUGGACAUGAGUGACCUGUCUCACAGGCUGGAGAGAGAAAAGGAGAUAGGGCUGUUGGGUGGGUUCACUACCACUGACACCAGAGACUCCAGGGAGCAGCAUUAUCCUCAACGGGCUAUCGAGAAAGUAACAGAGUCUGGUUCGGCCACGUGGCAAACUGGGCCUUCGCUAGUAAAUGCACACAAACUGGGGUUCACUUAUAACAGAGACGCUGAUCUAAUCAAGAAGAAGAGAGCGAGUUUGCGCCAUUCUGAAUCUGACAGCAGUGCCCAGAUGAACCACACACACACCCCUGCUAAACAUGCACAGGAAGUUGUUCCUGCCCCAACAUCAAACACCAGUGAAGAGAAGAAGGUUCUGUCUCGUCAGGAGGAACUGAAGGAAAGGGCCCGGCUGCUGUUGGAACAGGCCCGUAGAGAUGCCGCCAUGAAGACCGGAAACAAGAGCACCACCAAUGCACAGUCACCGACACAGACUCCACAGAUAAUUGAUGAGCGUGAUGAAGAACGGCGCAGGCAGCUGAGAGAGAGAGCCAGGCAGCUGAUAGCAGAGGCUCGAUCUGGAGUAAAGAUGGCUGAACUGCCUCUCUAUGUUGACUCCACCUCUAUUGCCUAUAGUACAGCUGGGAACAACUUAAAAGGAAGGUCAAAGACAGCUGGAGGUGUGAUGAACAGCAGGCAUGUGGACCUGAAGCUCAAGAAGCUGACAGAGUUUCGACCACAGGGCGGCAGCUCUCCUUCCUCAUCAUCCUCUUCCUCAUCACUGACAGCGUCCAGUACUUCUCCCCUCAGCCCUGAACCAAGUGGCUCACAGAAUAAUGCAAAUGAGCUGCAUGCCGAGCGUCUUCGCAAGGCUACAGAACGUCUGCGCAGUCCUGUUGUCUUCCACAAGGAGUCUACUGUCAGGAAAACACAGCUUCAAUCGUUCAGCCAAUAUGUAGAGACCAGGCCAGAGGUAAAAAGGCAGAGAUCGGUGCCUGAAGAUCUCAAGCAAGUGACCGAGGAGAGAGGAGCUCUGACAGAGACAGAGGGACGAAAGCCAACUGAAGAUGAACAGAAGGCGUUCAAAGACACCAGUCAGUACGUGGUGGGAGAACUGGUGGCGCUGGAGAGCGAGCAGAGGCAGAUCGACACGCGGGCCUCGCGUGUGGAGAGGCGUCUGCGCUAUCUCAUGGACACAGGGAAUAAUAAGGAAGAGGAGGAAGCCAUGAUGCAGGAAUGGUUCACGCUGGUCAACAAGAAGAACGCUCUGAUCCGCCGACAGAACCAGCUCUCUCUGCUGGAGAAGGAACAUGAUCUGGAGAGACGCUUUGAGCUGCUGAACCGAGAACUAAGGGCAAUGCUGGCAAUUGAAGACUGGCAGAAGACAGAGGCGCAAAAGCGCAGAGAGCAGCUCCUCCUGGAUGAGCUCGUCAUACUGGUCAACAAACGUGACGCGCUGGUUAGAGACCUGGACGCCCAGGAGAAAGAGGCUGAAGAGGAAGACGAGCACCUGGAGAGAACCCUGGAACAGAACAAAGGCAAAAUGGCAAAGAAAGAGGAGAAAUGUGUUCUUCAGUGAAUGUCAUUUCCGAAGCAAAUAUAUGCUAAAGGACAAAGAUAACACGUGUACACUAAAAUGUCUUGAAAUGUGUUAGUGUCAUAAACAUCAUAGCACACAGUUAAUUAUUGUUAUUUUAAAUCUUUAUAUGUAGAACUUUUGGUUAUGGCUAAGGGCUAAGCAACUGUUGAAGACCCUCAGAUGCCUCAUGUUUCAGAGAGAUUGUUUCACAUACACGAAUACAAAAGCAUUAUCAUUACGAUUAUUAGUGUUGGUUGGUUUGAUUUCACAAACAAGGUACUUAAGGAACUAAUAUUUAAUGAGAUAUAAAGCUGUACAAUUGUAAAACUUUCUGACUAAAUGGUUAAAUCCAUGCAAAUUCUGUGAGACAAGUGUCCCCAGAUAACUUAAAUCAGAACACAGAAUGUGUUUCCCCUUUUUGCAGGAAAGUAUGACUCAAAAGUUCAGUACAGCACAGUAGAGGUUUUACUGGAGACAUUUUCUGUUUGUGAAGAGGAUUGGAUUUCAGAUCAGAUCACAUUUCAGUUUUAAGAAAAUCGAUCAACAUGUUCUCCUCUAAAAAGUGCUGCGUGAUAAUGAAAUGUUUUAAAUACUCAACUUUUUUACAUAUAGAUUUUUUUCCAUAAGGGUCCUUAAAAAAAAAUUAUGACAAAAAAAAACUAAUUUUGUGCUUAACUGGAUUUUUAUUUUUAAUAUGUUUACCAAACAUUUUAGAGCUUGCUUAGUGAGAAGAUGCUUUUGCUGAAAUAAACCGUCAUGUUGUACAUUUUAUUUCACUGGUUGAGGCUUAAAAAAAAGCUUGACAAAACAAACAAACAAAAACAUUUUCAGAAGCUGACACGGUCAGAGUAAUUUAUUACUAUUUGAGACGUUUUUAAAGUACUCAUCUUCACAAUCCUGUACAUUUGCUCAAGGAUUUUGUCAAUAUUUAUUGUAUAGCUAGAAGGAAGGAAGAAAUGGGCUUUUCUUGUCGGCUUAUUUCAGUUUCACGUCUUUAUUGUAUGAGCAUCACCGAUUUAUUUAUUCCACUGUACUAUAAAUAUCACUGUUCAAUAAAUUCAGAUGAUUUCAUACUCGAAUCAAACAGCAGUUUGUGUGGUUUAUAGUGUUGCUAAUGGAUUUGGCCUUGUGUUUCUAAAGCCAUCUUAUUUGCCAUCUGUAUAGGCUACUGAAUAAACUCUACAUUUAAAAUUUAAAUUGUGACGUAUAAGUAAUUCUAUUCAUUUUAAUAAUAAUUUAGUUUGUUCGAUUAAUCACAUAUUUUUAAUGUAAUUGUAAUGUAAUUGAUAAUCUCAAUGAAAGAAAAAAAAACUUUUUUUUUUUUUUAUUAUUCGUUUCUACGUUCUGUUUCAGACAAUUGUAUAGAAACUAAAAGACUAAGAAGUCGCACUGCGCAUUAACAUGACAAAAAUGAUCAACAAAUAAGCUACUUUACAUUUACAGGCACUCAAAAGUGACGUCUGGUGGUUUUUUGUUGAAAACUCCCCUGCGGUUUACGGUUAUUUAUAAAUGAAUGUUUGCUAUUUGUUUUGUUUGAGGUCGUUCCUCAGAGGGAGAUUAAGGCAAAAUCUCUCUGUCCAAAGCAUCUGUCUUCAUUCAUACAUGUGAGACAGACUCUUCACUCUCAGCCAAACAGCCAUCACCGCAGCUCGCAUCCACCAUUUAACAAGCAAAAUAAGUUUUGACAGCUGACGUCCUCCCUUAGCCCUUCUAAUACUUCUACAGUCCUUUUCUGAUGGUUUCUCCGCUUGGGUCCGACUGUACCUCCAUUUUCCCCCCGGGCGUACUGUUUUUGUUUUUAUCAUUUUGCAGUUAUCACGGAUGACUGUCAUUUUUGGAAUAAGGAGACACAUAUCGGUGCUCACAAACCACACUGCAGCGGAAAAGGACAAUUGUUUGUUGCUUUAACUAAUCUGAGAGUUUGAGCUCGUGAGAGUGCUUGAAAUGAAUGUCAUAAUUUUAUGCAUUAGACCUGUGACGAGGUCCGUGUAAUCCCGAUGAAACGGUUACGUG